UGUGAUAACCGUGUCGGCUAAAGUUUCGUAUUGUUUAUUAUUUUUAUGAGGCUGACAGCACAGCUGUUAUUUUUAUUUCAGAUUUAUGUUCGAUCAUAAUGCUAUUGUACAAUUUUAUGAGAUAUAAAAUAAAUUUAAGUUUCUAAUUUUACAUUGGGUGUGUGACAUAAUUUUCAUAUGCAUUUAGGAGCAUAUGUUUUUUGUUUUACAGAAUGAAUUUAAUCUGUGUUAGAGACCCUAAAUAUUCAAAGAUUUAAUUAAUUGUCUUAGUAUAUUUAUUUUCGGUUGGAAGAUUAUUCUCUAAAAAAGUUUAAUAUUAAAAUUAGUGUGCCCACCUGCUGUAGCUACUCUUAUUACAUAACAUUUUUUUAAAAAAACGUGGAACUUCUAUUUGAAAAGAAAUUAUGAAAGUGGUCAGCCUUAGAAAAUCACGCUUACUGAAAGUUCUUUUAGUAAUUGUAGUCUUUAUUUUGCUUGUGGCCUUUUUCAUUCCAAAACCUAAGGGUGUUGCACUAUUGAGUGGAAAAGUAUCGAAAAGCAAAUUAGUUCCACCACGUUUGGGACCCAUCUUUAAAGAAGGUGUAUUGGGAAAUUUUGAACCUUCUCCUACAGAAACUAUUCGAGAAGGACCUGGGGAAAAUGGUAUGGCUCAUUAUGCACGAUCUGAAGAUCAGAAUGAAAUAUCAAUUGCAAUGAUGGAGUAUGGAAUAAAUAUGGUAGUCAGUAAUCAAAUAUCUCUUGAUCGAUCUAUUCCUGACAAAAGGCUCCAUGAGUGUAAAUAUUGGCAUUAUCCGAAAGAUUUACCCACAACUAGUGUCAUUAUUGUUUUUCAUAAUGAGGGAUUUUCAACAUUACUGAGAACUGUUCAUAGUGUUAUUAAUCGAUCACCUCCAGAAUUUUUAAAGGAGGUUGUUUUGGUUGAUGAUUUUAGUGAAAAAGAAAACCUGAAAGGGGAAUUGGAAGAUUAUAUUCGACAGUUUGGACAAAAAGUACGCUUAACAAGAAAUAAGCAAAGAGAAGGAUUAAUUAGAUCAAGAACAUAUGGAGCAGAAUUCUCAAAGGGUGAAGUUAUUGUUUUCCUUGAUGCUCAUUGUGAAGUGAAUGUUAAUUGGUUGCCACCAUUGUUAGCCCCCAUCUAUACAAAUAGAACUGUAAUGACUGUACCAGUGAUUGAUGGAAUUGAUAAAGAUAGUUUUGAAUACCGACCAGUCUAUCAAGGAGAAAAACAUUUUAGAGGCAUAUUCGAGUGGGGAAUGCUCUACAAAGAAAUUGAAAUACCUGAAGAGGAAGAGCGAAGAAGAAGAUAUCAUAGUGAACCUUACAAGUCACCCACACAUGCUGGGGGUUUGUUUGCAAUCAAUAGAGAAUACUUUCUGGAACUUGGAGCUUAUGAUCCUGGUCUGCUUGUAUGGGGUGGAGAAAAUUUUGAAUUAUCUUUCAAGAUAUGGCAAUGUGGUGGUAGUAUUGAAUGGGUGCCAUGCUCAAGAGUUGGUCACAUCUAUCGUGGUUUUAUGCCAUAUAGUUUUGGCAAGCUAGCUGAACAAAGAAAAGGACCUUUAGUUACUUUGAAUUAUAAACGAGUUGUGGAAGUUUGGAUGGAUGAUUAUAAAGAUUAUUUCUACAUUCGAGAACCUAUAGCUAAGCAAUAUGAUCAUGGUGAUAUUAGUGGGCAACUAGCCAUAAAAGAACGUCUUCAGUGUAAAUCCUUCAAGUGGUUUAUGGAUAAUGUAGCAUAUGAUGUGCUAUACAAAUUCCCUCUAUUACCAAAAAAUUUGUUUUGGGGAGAAGUAAGGAGUAUGCUUACUGGGCAGUGUAUGGAUACCAUGAGCUCACAACCACCUUCUAUUGUCGGCAUGAGUCACUGCCAUGGUUCUGGUGGCAAUCAAGUUGUUUAUUAUGAAAUUGAAACAAAGGUUUUCCGCUUAAAUGCUGAAGGUCAGUUGGGUGUAGGUGAACGCUGUGUUGAUGCGGAUACUGAUCAUGUUAAACUUGUAUUUUGCUCACUGGGAACUGUGGAUGGCCCAUGGGAAUAUAAUGAAACUAAAAAGAUGUUAUACCAUAAACAACACAGAAAAUGCUUGGAGCUAAGCCAUUCAAGAGGAAGCCUUCAUUUACAGUCCUGCAAUGAUAACUCUAAUGGUCAGAAAUGGAUCUUUAAAGAACUUGUGGUUGCAUAGUUCCUGAUCAUUAUAGUGCUUGGUAAUGGGUAUAAAAUAAUUUCACUACCUAUUUUUAUAUUCUGUGAUCUUUGCAUUUUCAUAUGAGGUUAAACGUUGUCUAAAUAUGUAGAUAACAUAAAAAAUGGUGUCUGUUUCCAUGUAAAUAUUUAUAAAAGGUUGUAAGGUAUUGUACUUAUUAACUUCUCUUAAGGAACAUACGCAUCUUGCCAUAACAAAAAUUAAUUCCUAGUUUUGUUAUUUUGUAGAACAAUAUUUGGUAUGAAGAAAAAAUUAUGCAAAUUCAAUUAGAAUUUUAACUAGUGCAUAAAAGGUCAUCUAUAUAACGAAAGAACACCCUUAAUUUCAUAUAAUUGUCUCUCUCUACACAUACUAUUUAAUCUAAUUUGUAUAAAUUUAAGUAGCGGUUUUUACAGCAGCAGAUGUAUUUUCUUAUAUUAGGGUCCAUUUGUUGAUUGCUGUUACUUCCUUUGCUUACUUUCUUGCAACGUUAAUUUUUUAAAUGUUAGUGUUGUUUCUAAAAAUAUUUACAUAUCUGACAAUAGAGCCAUAUCAAAAAUGCUAUAGCAUCAAUUUCUUACCAACUAAAAGAAUGCCAUUCUUUUUUUAAAAAACAAAAUGUCUUAUUUAGAGAAAUAUUUUUUAGGAAUUUAUCAGAAUCAACUUCUAGAAUAAUUAUGAAUCAUGACAAAUUUUGAGUUGAAACUUUUGCCUACUAGUUUUUUCCCCCUUUCUGAGCAAAAUUAAUUGUUUGUUAAUAAAUAUUGUCUUGGAUAACAGCCAUAAUUAGAAGAUGUUUUCUAACCUGAACAAACUUUUGGUGUUUCAGUUUUGCUUAAUUUUGAAAUGAAAAUACCAUUCCAAUGGGUGAUUUUUUUAUCUUUAUCUAUUAGUUAUACAAAUUUAUAAAACCUACAUAUAUUUUUAAGAUUGCAUGAUGAAUAUACAUUUCUAUUUAUUUCUAAGAAAGUGUCCCCAAGUCAAAAAUUAGUUUCUCGAGUGCAAUGUACUCUGAACAGUUUGAAAUCUAAAUGGUAUCAGAAUACUAAAAAAUGCUAUAUGAGCAUUAAAUUAAUAUUAAUUAUGUAAUGUACAAAGUGGCACACAAUAUAUUGCUUUCUCUAAACUAAUGUGAGAAGUAUUUCUUUAAAAAUUACAUAUAGUAAAUUAAAUAAGCUUUCUCUAUUUAUUUUUUUAUUAUUCUUCUUUUUUUUUUUGUGAAAGAGGGAGAAAAAAUCUUAAACGGCUUACCAGUGUAUUUCCUUCUCAAAUUGAACCUUACAAAAAUCUUAUGACAGAAGAAAGUCAGAAUUACAGAAUAACUCUUUUUUUUUAAGCAGUUACAGGAAUGAAUUUUAUCAUAAUUUAUAUUUUAAAGAUAAAUUUGGGUCUGAAAUGAGUAAUAUUUAAAUAUCAGAGAAAGCUUACUUUUGGUUUUCUAAGCAAAUUUCAUAUAGAAAGUAGUUUGUGUUUAGCCAACUGGCCCAAUAGAACUGAUUAUAGCAAUAUUUUUAAAAGGUUUAUUUUGAACAAAAUAUUAGUGUUGUAUCCUUAAAUGCUCAAAAGAACAUAUAAUGCAUUAAUAGUAUUUUGUAUUGAAGUAAAUAAUGUCAAUUAGUGAAAAUAAAGAGAUAUUUAAAAAUA